GCGGGCUUGUGGGCGGUGUUCCACUUUGGAGGUUCAACUAAGUCCGAGGUUAAAGGCCUACUGAAAGCCACUACUAGCGACCACGCAGUCUGAUAGUUUAUAUAUCAAUGAUGAAAUAUUAACAUUGCAACACAUGCCAAUACGGCCUUUUUAGUUUACUAAAUUGCAAUUUUAAAUUUCGCGCCAAGUAUCCUGUUGAAAACGUUGCGGUAUGAUGACACGUGCGCGUGACGUCACGGAUUGUUCCAGCCCGAUCCCAGCUAUAAGUCUGCUUUAAUCGCAUAAUUACACAAUAUUCUGGACAUCUGUGUUGCUUAAUCUUUUGCAAUUUGUUCAAUUAAUAAUGGAGACGUCAAAGAAGAAAGAUGUAGGUGGGAAGCUGUGUAUUGCGGUUGCCUUUAGCAACAAAAACACAGCCGGUGUUUCCUUGUUUACAUUCCCGAAGGUGAAGCUUUACUAUGAAACAGAGCGGUCAAGCGAACAUGGGUCUCUACCACAUGUCAACCGGCAGGUUUCGGUGAGAAAAUUGUGGUAAUGAGUCAGCUCUUACCGUAGACAUGAGCGGAGCUUACGUCGUUCCUCGUGCACCUGUCAAAGACGAAGCUGCGGACUCUUUUGCCUCCUCCGACUGGCCGCCCCCAAACGUGGGAUGCUUCCACCGUGGAGGAGGGAGGGGAGAAAAAUCUCAGCCCGGCCCUAAUGGCUGCCUUUGCUUCGCCUCGUCGAGAAACAUGGCUUCCCUCAGAGACACUGGCGGUCACCACACUCGUGGCCACACCCCUCCGACUUUUAGUAAAACACUAGUAACACUAGAUAAGGGAUUUUCUAUAAUUAUCCUAGUAAAUGUGUCUAACAACAUCUGAAUCGCUCUGCCGUCUAUUUAUUUUUUCCCCCCCUAGUCCUUUACUCUCACUAUCCUCAUCCACAAAUAUUUCAUCCUCGCUCAAAUUAAUGGGGAAAUCAUCGUUUUCUCGGUCCGAAUCGCUCUCGCUGCUGGUGGCCAUGAUUGUAAACGAUGUGAGAAGCUCCACAACCCGUGACGUCACACGCACAUCAUCUGCUACUUCCGGUACAGGCAAGGCUUUUUAUUAGCGACCAAAAGUUGCAAACUUCAUCGUCGAUGUUCUCUACUAAAUCCUUUCAACAAAAAUAUGGCAAUAUCGUGAAAUUAUCAAGUAUGACACAUAGAAUGGACCUGCUAUCCCCGUUUAAAUAAGAACAUCUCAUUUCAGCAGGCCUUUAAACUCCAGUCUGAGACCAUUUCCCUCCAUACUUGCCAACCUUUAUAUAUAUAUAUGCACAUACACAUACACAUACACACACACAUACAUAUUUAUAUUUACAAACAUCCAUUUUCUAUCGCUCGUCCCUUUUGGGAUCGCGGGAGGUCGCAGGAGCCUAUUUCAGCUGCAUUAGGGUGGAAGGCGGGGUACACGCUGGACAAGUCGCCACCUCAUUGCAGGGCCAACACAGAAAGACAGACAACAUUCACACUCACAUUCACACACUAGGGACCAUUUAGUGUUGCCAAUCAACCUAUUCCCAGGUGCAUGUCUUUGGAGGUCGGCGGGGCCUAACCCCAGGUGUAUGUCUUUGGGGGUGGGAGGGGCCUAUCCCCAGUUGCAUGUCUUUGGAGGUAGGCGGGGCCUUUCCCCAGGUGCAUGGUUUUGGAUGUGGGAGGGGCCUAUCCCCAGGUGUAUGUCUUUGGGGGUGGGAGGGGCCUAUCCCCAGGUGCAUGUCUUUGGAGGUGGGAGGGGCCUAUCCCGAGGUGCAUGUCUUUGGAGGUGGGAGGGGCCUAUCCCCAGGUGCAUGUCUUUGGAGGUGGGAGGGGCCUAUCCCCAGGUGCAUGUCUUUGGAGGUGGGAGGGGCCUAUCCCCAGGUGCAUGUCUUUGGAGGUGGGAGGGGCCUAUCCCCAGGUGCAUGUCUUUGGAGGUGGGAGGCAGCCGGAGUAGAACCCACGCAGUCACGGGGAGAACAUACUAACUCCACACAGAAAGAUCCCGAGCCCGGGAUUGAACUCAGGACUGCUCUAAAUAUCUCAAAUCAGGGAGUACUUUUAUUUUUUGGGGUGACCAAAAUCUGACAUCUGUCACUUUUAUCAGCACGGAGGAGAACACGUCUUAUGUUAUGUUCACGGUUACUAUGGCAACAGACAUUUUCUUGGUCAGGUAAAGCCCGACAUUUCUCGUUAAAACGUACAAAUGAUUUGGCUGCGGCGAACUUUACUUUGGAAAUCUAAACGGAAGCAGCGAGCGUUUUUGUGCUAAAGCCGCUCGCGCGGUGAUGCUGAGGAGAGAGAGGGAGAGAGAGAGAAAAGAGAGAGAGAGAGCAUCUCCCCCGGGCGAGGCCCAGCGAGCAGGCGGACGUGUUAGACGCCGCACAGGCGAUCCGACCUGUGUGCAGGUGCACUUCCGCCCCGCAGAGAUGCUGGCCGUCCCGCUGGGCGGCGCGGCGUCUCGCGGCAGACACGGCCUGAGCGGCGGCGCCAAGAAGACGUCGAAAAAGUGUCGCGCCAGACGAAGCAAGCGAGGUCGGCGACGUCGGAGCAAAAGGAGCAACAACAGAGGCAACAACGGAUGUCAACAACCAUUUUUACCGCCCGAGGCAGAAGAAGGAAACAUUGAGUAUAAGCUGAAGCUGGUUAGCCCCACUCAGUACCGCUUUGAGCACCUGGCCACGCAGCUGAAGUGGCGCCUGCAGGAGGGGCGCGGCGAGGCCGUCUACCAGAUCGGCGUGGAGGACAACGGUCUGCUGGUGGGCCUGAGCCGGGCCGACAUGGAGGCGUCCAUCGCCACCCUGAAGAAGAUGGCCGACAAGGUGGGCGCCGACAUCACGGUGCUGCGGGAGCGGGAGGUGGACUAUGAGCCGGACGACAGCACGCGCAGGAUCGCCGAGGUUCUGGUGCGGAAGGUUCCGGACGAUCAGCAGUUCCUGGACCUGCGCGUGGCCGUCUUGGGCAACGUGGACUCUGGCAAGUCCACCCUGCUGGGCGUGCUGACGCAGGGCGAGCUGGACAACGGGCGAGGACGAGCGCGUCUCAACCUCUUCAGGCACCUGCACGAGAUCCAGACGGGACGCACGUCCAGCAUCAGCUUCGAGAUCCUGGGCUUCAACAGCAGAGGACAGGUGGUCGACUACAGCCACUCGCGCAGCGCCGAGGAGAUCUGUGAGAGCUCCUCCAAGAUGAUCACCUUCAUGGACCUGGCCGGACACCACAAGUACCUGAAGACCACCAUCUUUGGCCUCACCAGCUACUGCCCCGACUUUGCCAUGCUGGUGGUCAGCGCCAACACGGGAGUGGGUACCAGUCGGGAGCAUCUGGGGCUGGCCAUGGCGCUGAAAGUUCCCAUCUUCGUGGUGGUCAGUAAAGUGGACGUGUGUUCGAGGGCCACGCUGGACAAGACCCUGCGACAGCUGGAGAGACUCCUCAAGCAGCCGGGCUGUAACAAGGUUCCUCUCCUGCUCUCCUGCCCCGACGACGCUGUGGCCGCCGCACAGCAGUUCGCUCAGUCGGCCUGCAUCACGCCCAUCCUGACAGUGUCCAGUGUGUCAGGAGAAAGUCUGGAGCUCCUCAAGGUCUUCUUGAACGUUCUUCCUCCUCUGAGCAACAGCAAAGAACAAGAGGAGCUCAUGCAGCAGCUGACUGAGUUCCAGGUGGACGAGAUCUACUCGGUGCCUGAGGUGGGCACGGUGGUGGGCGGGACUCUGUACAGCGGGGUGUGUCGCGAGGGCGAGCGGCUGGUGGUGGGGCCCACGGAGCAAGGCCACUUCCUGCGCCUGAGGGUGGCGAGCAUCCAGAGGAACCGCUCGGCGUGCAGGCUGCUGAGGGCGGGGCAGGCAGCCACGCUGGCGUUGGGCAACUUUGACCGCUCGCUGCUGCGCAAGGGGAUGGUGAUGGUGAGUCCCAAGAUGAAGCCCACCGUCUGCCGGGAGUUCGAGGCCGCCAUCGUGCUCCUCUUCCACGCCAAGACCUUCCGCCGGGGGUCACAGGUCACCGUCCACGUGGGCAACGUGCGGCAGACCGCCGUGGUCCAGAGCGUCUACGGGAAGGUGCAUUUCGGCGCUACGUUCGCAAGAUGGCUGCCGGCAGGUCACGCCACUCUCUCCCCCUCGCAGGACGAGCUGCGGACCGGCGAGCGAGCCGUGGUGGGCUUCCACUUCAUCAAACAUCCCGAGUACCUGCGGACCGGCGCCAAGCUGCUCUUCAGAGAGGGCGUGACCAAAGGCAUCGGCCACGUCACCCGCCUGCUCCCUGCGGACCAGAACCUCCGGCAGAAGCAGAACCCUCACUAAAAUAAUCUCAAUUUGUGGACGCCAUCUUGGCUCCUUUCAGCACUUUCAAGGUGAAUGUACCCUUUUCUCUGCAUGCUGUGCCGACACCACCUUCUUCUUCAAUAAAUGACCUCGCUCAAGAGGAGGCGGAGUCAUGCUGAAGAUCUCAAUCUUUAAUCCUGUGACCUGAUCCCUGGCAACUGUCCAUCAUUCGGUGAAGCGUCCUGUGCGGGGGCGGACCCUCGCGCAGACCUGUCAAUCAUGGGGAAUGUUAGCGCCGCUACAUGCUAAUGCUAACUCUGGAGGACUCACCCCCAGCAGGUUGCGGGCGACGUAACCUUCGUGGUCGCCGCAUCUCGCCCACCACCACUCGUCCUCCGCCUCGUCCUCCCGCCUCAGCACCGUUACGCCCUCGCCCUCCUGGAGGCGGAGCUCAUCGCCACUCUGAGGCUCGUAGUCCCACAGGGCGUAGACCACGCCCCUAUUAAUCACCCCCAUCUUCUCCUGCACGCCUGCACUCACACAUACACACACACAUGGACUACUGUCACUAAACUAUUGGCCUUCUGUGUACUGAUUUGUGUGUCUGUAUCGCAAUCCUCGCGUCUGUAAUCCAUGUACUGAUUUGUGUGUAUCAAAAUCUGUGCAUCUGUAAUCUGUGUACUGAUUAGUGUGUCUGUAUUGCAAUAUGUGCAUCUGUAAUCGUGUAAUGAUUUGUGUGUCUGUAUCGCAAUCUGUGCGUUUGUAAUCCAUGUACUGAUUUGCGUGUCCGUAUCGUAAUCUGCGUCUGUAAUCCAUGUGUUUGUAUCGCAAUCUGUGGGUCUUUCAUCUGUGUACUGAUUUGUGUGCCUGUAUCGCAAUCUGUGCGUCUGUAAUCUGAAUUGAUGUGUGUCUGUAUCACAAACAGUGUUUGAAAUCAAUUCAUUUUGUGUGUAUUUUAACUUCUGUGUGUAUAUCAAUCUGUGCAUCUGCAAUCCAUUCACUGUGUCUGUAUCUCAAUCUGCGUGUGUGAUCAGAUCUGUGUGCGUGAUCAGAUCUGUGUGCGUGUUUUAAUUUGUGUGUCCAUAUUUUGAUUUGUGUAUGUACAAACACACAGAUGUAAAUACGGACACACAAAUUAAAACACGCACACAGAUCUCAUCACACACGCAGAUUGAGAUACAGACACAGUGAAUUGGAUUACAGAAGCACAGAUUGACAUACACACACACACAAAUUAGGACACGGACACAUAGAUCUGAUCACACACACAAAUUACAAACCCCGUUUCCAUAUGAGUUGGGAAAUUGUGUUAGAUGUAAAUAUAAACAGAAUACAUCCAUCCA